GGAUGAUGUUAACUCGAGUUUAUUCGACUGUGCACUGGGUCGAAGGCAGAAGCUGGUUAGAAUUCCUUUGCAAGAAAGCGAUUUCAACAAAGCGAAGACCAGAUUCAGAAUGGCAGGUAUGUUGUGAAUGUAAUGGUACAUUUAUUCCUCUGUUUGUUGGUUGGCAUAUUAUGUUCUGGUAUCAAUCUGUGUGGUCAUUUCAACAGUUUUACGCGCGGGCUAGGAUACUCUAGGAUGGUAGGCCGUAUUUGUAGAAGUAACUUCGCGGACGUGGCCUAGCCCAAUCUAAAUAGUAAUGCAUGAUUCACAGUCUGACCAUAUAGCUUUCGUCUGCUUACACCAUGCAAUUCGCUAUGUUCAGCAAUAAAUAUAAUUCUCGUUGUAACAUGGUAUGGUGUAAUUCAAAUUUUAGCUACCUGUUACAAAAAAACAAGCGGCGCCAUGGCUGUUUCGCCGCUGAAAUUUCCUUGCUAGGGUAGUGGGAUAAAAUGAUAUGUGCAUGAAGCCGUGUUGUGAAAAGUGAAUCUGUGAAGUUUUGGGCGUUUCCAUCUUCUGUUUCAUAAAGUGUUUGUCGUAUAUUUUUCACGAUCAAUGCCUUCAAAAUGACAACAUUUCCCACUUGAACGUAUACAAAACUACAAAGUUUAAAAUGUUAAACUAUUUCUUUAAAUUCACUUUGCUGCUACCCGCAACCGAAGCGAACGCUUCAGCAAUCCGCAUCGCUGUAUAAGGCUAAAGCAAAUUUAAUGGCAAAUAAAGAAAUGGUAAAUUAUUUAAUGCUUCAUGAUAAUUUAUCUUCUUUCAAUGCAGACGUGAAAGCAGAACUUCAAUCUCGAGUCACGAAAUUUGGAGAAUGUUUCAUGAAUAAGAAACCAGAAGAAAUCGUUAAUUUCUACACGGAAGACUGUCUAGUUUUGGCUCCAGGUGCACCAGCCGUGCAGGGAAGAGAAGGUAAAUAAGUCUCGUAUAAUCUUGUGAUGAAUGGUCUGUUUCCAGUGUAGGUCAGUGCUAGUAUUGGAAAGUUGUAGAUUGAUAGGAAAUAGGGAGUUUGGCAACCUAGAACGGCAACGUAAAAAAUAUAAUUGCUUAUAUUGUUGUAUUUGAGCCAAAGUAUACGUUACUACACUUAAUUUGCCUCUUUAGGUAUUCUUAUUUCUCUCAAACAGCCCUUAAUGCUUAACUCUAAAGUAAAAACAGUCCGCGAAUUCAAAGAAAACACCUCAAAUAACAUCGAACGAAUUAACUGUUGCCGUAGUCGUGCACCGUGAAGAUGCAAAUCACGUACCAGUUUCAACAACUACGGCAACACACAACGCGCAAGACCAUGUAAUUCACAUUCGCCUUUGAGGAUCAAUGCUAUUGUUGUUGACCACGUUGCCGUUUAAUUUGCCAAACUCUCUAGUGUGCAUGUGUGGACGGGGCCUUAAACCUGUUUUUUCUGUGGUCACAUGCAGGAGGAAUUUUGCGAAGGUAAAUUCUAAGUUUUGAAGGAUUUAUACUAGACAAUGUUUGAAGGAAACUGACUUCGUGUUACUAGUAAACACCAAGUCAGUUUCCUCAAACAUUUCAUACAAAAUCCUUCAAAACUUGAAAUUUACCUAUGCAAAAUUCCUACUGUGUUCGCAGAAACUUUGAUAGUGUAAACUAGGAUUUAGGUGCAUUUUAUCUGUUCGGGAGUUCGACUCCAUUUGACGUGUUGGUGGACAUCACGAUUCUAUUUAUUUGUCACCAAAUACAAGACCGCAACAUGUAAUAAAAUCAAAUGUUAAAUAUAACAAAGCAUUAACGAAUUAACAUUUUCUGUCUCUGAUAACUGCUAGUUGAUCACCAAUCUUUUUUUUUGUAUAAACGUUAAACAAUAUUGGAUAUUAGUGAGCCAAGAGCUCAGAAACCAACCGAUUUUGACUAUUUCUCUUUAUGCUAUACAUGAACAUGCAGGAGUGAUAAUCUUUGUUCUCUAACGAUUUUCAAUUUUAGCAUUGAAGGCGUUCUUCGGUGAGUUGGUGAAGUGUUUUGAGAAGGUAGGCAAGAUUGAGAACAAUGUUCUCGAAGUUUUAUCCAUGGAUGCAGAUCUGGCCACAUCAAUCAACACAGACACGUCUUAUGACGCUGAUGGAAAAACUGUGGUUACAAACAAGUAAGACCAACUAAUCUAGUCGGUUGUUCUUCCUAGAAGAAGUGCUUUGCCGUUAAUAUUUUAUUAUUUUUGGUGGUCGUUAUUUUCAUUCGUUGCUAUGAUCAAUCCGUUUUAUUAAGUCUCAGCCCUGAUAAAUGGAACUCAAAAUCUCGUCUCAAGUCUAUACUCUAUAUAGUAGAGUGAGCUUAAAGUCAUAAUCAAGGUCACAAUCUUAAAAUGUCCAAUGUAGAAUAGACAACGUUCGUUUAUACCCAAUUUACAAUUUUAGUUUAGGUAACUCGCUAUUUUUUUAAGUAAUUAAGUAAUAUCAUUGUUCUACAGGGUGUCCCCAAAAAAGUGACAUUAUAGAAAUUAUCCUAUUGUUGUUAAAUGCGCCGGGUAAUUACAAAUUCAAUUCAAUUGUGUUUACGCACUCUUGUGUUCACCAUAUAGUGGCAUUCAAAUCAUAUAACAAUAGGAUAAUUUCUAUGGUAUCACUUUUUUUUGGGACAACCUGUACAGGGUGUCCCAAAAAAACCCGAAAACUAACGUAUAAUAAAAAUAUAACGUAUAUAAAUAACGUAUUAUUAGAAUUUGAAUGCCUCUGCACUCUGCUGAAUCCACAACAGGCAAGUGCAUCAAAGCUUGACAUAAGUAAAUUUUAUGCAUAAAGAAACCGUUUAAGAAGCUGUUUUUAAAUUCCCAAGAGCAGAAAAUCGUGCGCUUUACAAAGAUAUUUUAAGUUCUUAACAAGUCGAUAUUUAAUAUAUGCACCCUUGUCAAUAUUAUACGCAUCUUUACGUUCAGCUUAGUGCUAGGGCAUUCAAAUUUUAACAAUGCGUUAUUUCAACGGUUCUUCGGGGUUUUUUGGGACACCCUGUAGAAUAUACAGAAGCAUAGAAUAAAACAAAGGUAACUAAGCUUUAGAAUUAUCUACCCAAGUGAAUAACUCUUAUCCAUAAUUCUAAUGAUUAGUUACCUUUGCUUUAUUUUAUGCAUCUGUAAACUAGAACAAUAGUAACUAGGCGCAUGUGGGUUAACAAUUAUUCGCCGAAGGCGAGGUGAUUAUCGGUGAAUAAAAACCGAGACGAAGUCGAGGUUUUUAUUCACGAUAAUCACCAGCCUGAGGUGAAUAAUUGUUUUAGUAUAAUUUCAUAGGUGAUUAUUUGGGAAAAAAAUACACAUUUCUUCGUUAUUUAAAUGACGAAACGGCUUCGGCCGCCAUUUUGAAAAUCGCUUAGGUGAUUAUCGCGUUAUAAUUACCUCGACUGCAACCAAUCAGCGUAGAGAAUUGUCAAUAAUCACGUACCUAUGUAAUUAUACUAACUAUUAUUAAUGGAAUAUGUAUACAGGAUGAAUCACUUCAGUUCAAUGAAGAACUGUUAUCAGUGUAUUAAAACAACGUUAGCCAAAUUUGUCUGACUAUUAACUGUUCGUUGUUCCAGGUCACUGACAGUUUGGAAGAAAGUGGACGGACUUUGGCAAAUUCAUUGGGCCGCUUGGAACGGGGAUAAAGCCGCACCCACACCAGCAUAGCAAAGAAGUCUUCUGCAAGUCGAUGAAAGUCUGUAUAGUAUACAACUGUAGUUUUUUGUUGUAAUGUCUACGUGCUCAGCACAUUAAAUAAUAAAUAUAAUAGCUCGUCCGCAUUUAAUGAAUGUUCAUUUUGUGAUGUCCAAAUCCGAUUUCUGAGUUCGUAAAAUUUGGUCAUUUUAACCGACGAAAAUGCGGGUUUACGGAUUCAAAGCUUGCCUAAAUACCAUUGUGAUGCAUGUUUCAUAUAAAACCUAUAUUUAUCGCCAUGAAUAUCAUGACUGGCUUGUGAGUCCAUUCAAAUUAAUUUCUCCUGUACGUUAAGCAGUAUAUUUUAAUACGGCCCUAUACAAUUCAAUUCAUACAAAAACCUACAAAAUACUCUUCACAGACCAAUUUCAAUAUCGCAAAAAUAAUCUUUAAAACCCAAAUGCUGCCAGCAGCGAUACUUCUAUCUGACGUGCUUUCUGUCUGCUAAACGAAAUUUGCGCAGUUGCCGGGACAGGUGAAAGCUCUGACCAUAGUUAUUCAUUUGAUUCUUCACAUUUGCCAAUGUAUUAUGUCGUUGCCAUAAGAAAAUAAAUUACAAUAGAACACAAUUUCUGUACCAUGGAAUCCUUCGUGGUCUUGGCUAUAAAAUAUGAUAAAAAAGUUGUACCUCUGCAUAAAAAUG